AUGAGGCUCCUUGCUACUGGCAGAGCUAUCAGGCUACACCACUCACGAUGGUCAAUGAAUCGAGUCAAUGGCCAGGGGGCUUGCGCAUUGUUUACUCCUGUCGCGAACCGGCCGGGGCUUAGGUAUUCCAGCUCAUCUCAAGCACCAGAGCAAAAAUCAACACCGUCGGCGGCAGCGACACCAAAUCCAGUUCUUACACAAUCCACACUUGGUGCAAAGCCAACAGGCACAAUUACCGUGGAAGGAAAAACGUAUCCUACAGAUCAAUGGACGAACGCAACCUCUUCUAUUCUCUCUCACAUCUCCAAACAACUAUAUUCGCAGGAUAAUCACCCGCUCUACAUAACCCGGAAACUCAUCGAGAGUCAAUUCCACGGUCCGACGUAUGGAAACUACAUUGAAAAGAACCCUGUCGUCACGACAACUCAGAAUUUCGAUGUUCUGGGGUUUCCAGCAGACCACCCCGGACGCAGUCGAACCGAUACUUACUACGUGAACGAGAAGACGGUCCUCCGAACGCACACCAGCGCACACCAGGCGGAUUACUUUCGUCGCAUGGCAGACGAGAACAGUACAGAAGAUGGUUAUACAGUGGCUGCCGAUGUCUAUCGAAGGGAUGCGAUUGAUAGGAGUCAUUACCCGGUGUUUCACCAGAUGGAGGGCGCUCGAUUGUGGAAGCGCACGCCUGGCAUGACUCCGUCAGAAAGUGCUGCAAAGAUCUUUGAAGAUCUCAAGAAAUUGCCCACGCAUGAUGUAGAGGUUGAGGAUCCGAACCCAGUCACGCACGCCGAACGCAAUCCUUUACAGUCAGAGUAUCACUCUCAGGAGGAAGUUGAAGCUAUAGCAGCGCAUCUCAAAAGGAACUUGGAGCUGUUGGUUGUUCGAAUAUUCUCUGAAGCUUCCAAGGUCUCUCAAGCUGCUGGGGCCCAACAAGAGCCUUUGAAGAUCAGAUGGGUAGAGGCAUACUUUCCAUUCACUAGCCCUUCCUGGGAACUGGAGGUGUUCUGGCAGGGUGAUUGGCUCGAGGUCCUAGGCUGCGGAGUCAUCAAGCAAGAACUACUCAACAACUCUGGUGUCCCUGAUCGAAUCGGCUGGGCUUUUGGACUCGGCUUGGAACGUAUUGCCAUGCUUCUGUUUGAGAUUCCGGACAUUCGUCUCUUUUGGUCCAAGGAUGCUCGGUUCCUAUCGCAAUUCAAAGACGACAAGAUCGUUCGUUUCCAGCCAUUCUCCAAAUUUCCCGAGUGCUACAAGGAUGUUGCUUUCUGGCUAAGCUCGGCUACGACAAGUGCUGCGGGCGGCGCUGUCCCAUUCCACGACAAUGAUAUGAUGGAGAUUGUCCGAGAGUGCGCCAAGGACAUUGUGGAGGAUGUCAAGCUGGUAGAUGAGUUUGUGCAUCCGAAAACCGGACGCAAGAGUCUAUGUUACCGGAUCAACUAUCGAAGCCUAGAGCAUACUUUGACCAACAAGGAGGUGAAUGUGAUCCAUGAGCAGGUCCGGCAAACUUUGGUGGAGAGGUUCGGGGUUGAGAUCAGAUAA